AUGUCCCCAGGCGCAUCCAGUACCCCCUUGACGGGCGAUGAGUCUGCGCAAAAUGCCAGCGAUGUCCCGUCUCUAGCGUCACGGUUAUAUCGACAGGUUGACUACUCAGUAAAAAAGACCUGGCAAGACCGAGGUGAUAUCAUUCGGCACUCAAAGGAACUCUUCACUGCUGCGCCCUUGGCUGGGCUCUCUUACUCACCACUUCCCACUCCAUCAAGCAUACGGCUUCUUGAAGUCAAGCCGGGUGCACCCAGCGACAUAAUCGACUGUUCACUUAUUAUUGUUAACCUCUCAGAUGCUCCCGAGUAUCAGGCCUUAUCAUAUACGUGGGAUCUUGAUCCACCGAUAUUUCCAUAUGAGCUAAGCUACCUUUCGCACAAAAUGCCUAAGAUUUCAAAUGCUGUUACAAAUGGGAUGGACACAAUCAAUUAUACGAUCAACAACCUGAUGGUCUCACCUCAGGCAUGGAUCCCUUGGAUCAACAAACCAAGUGAAGACCUGAAUCCUGAGACAGAUGCAGAGACAAAAGUAGGCAGCGAGAGAGAUAAGAUUCUAUGCGACGGUCAAGGCGUGUAUAUCAAACCAAAUUUCUAUCAAGCCUUGGUACAAAUCAGAAAGAAACGCCCAGGCCUAUACUGGAUCGAUGCCAUCUGUAUUAAUCAGUCUGAUACUGCCGAGCGAGGUCAGCAGGUUCAGAUGAUGGAUCAAAUAUACAGCUCCGCGGUUCAAGUGACUAUAUGGCUUGGAACCUGUCCUCACAUAUUCGCCCCUGGGGUGGAGAAUCUGGUGUCGGUGGCCAAGACAGGUUUUCCCGCAGAGCCGAAAGACAUGAUGGUGAAAGACUUCAUCUAUUCCAGAAUAGGAACGACCUCAGUUUGGCACCUUGUGCUCUGUGUAGUAUACCUUGUCACUCGAAAAUGGUUCAAUCGACUUUGGGUCCUUCAAGAGCUAUGCUUAGCCAAACAGGCUAUUUUCUUCCUGGGCGAAUACCAAUUUGAGGCCGACGAUAUUUCCGCCGCAUUUGCCUGGAUUCGUCAUACUCUCAAAGCCUGGAAUACGGACGGAUGGUAUAUGUUCUCUCAACUGAUGACUUCUCUUGGAGAUGUUCCAGAACAGGCUAUUUCACUGCUGAAUUCCAGACGAACAAUUGCUCAAGGACAUAAGAUGAGUUUGCAGGAGUGGCUUAGGAUUGUCAAGGAUCGAGAGGCCGGAGAUCCAAGAGACAUGAUCUUUGGAGGUCUUGCUUUGAUUGACCCUGAUACAACCCGUAUCAAUCCAGGUUUGAAGACAGGUCACCCGGUCUCAUUACCCAUGGUUGUCACAAACAAGGAAGGCACGCCAACAUCGGAGCUUUAUCCUGAAACACAAGGGAUAUCUCCAAAUAGGCUUCUGAGUACCGAAGCUUCGUGGAAGACAUUGCAAGCCGAUUAUGAGAUAACGCUUCCCAUGCUUCUUGAAGGGGUCGCCAUGUGCCUCCUUUCUGGACCUGACGCGAUGGAUCUUCUAUCCCUCGCAACUAGAUAUCGCAACCCUUACUUUUACAACAUGCGCAGAGAGUCUGUUUUGAACUUUUCGCUCAUCAAGCUGGACAGGCAGUCAGGGAUUGAAGCAACCGCUCCAUCAUGGUGUGCAAUGCCAUGGAUGGAAAACUCCCGGCUAAUGAGGCCUCUUAUCUGGCAAGGCGGAACAUCUUGCGAGUUUACCUCAAAGAUGACAAAUGAGCCCUCUAUUACAUCAGAUGGCAAGACAUUAUGCCUUGAUGCGAUGUACCUGGACAUAAUUGAGGACUGCGUUUUAGUCAACCUUUUUGGAGACUUGGCACACGAUGCGGAGUCUAUAAUCAUUCUCAGAUCAAAGUCUGUGGAGGACGCGGAGUUAAGGGCUAAGAUGACUCAAAAUUUCAAUUACCUACCGCCAUUCCAGUUACUCGAUGUCGCUAUUGGAAUGCAGUCAGAGUACGAAAGACCCCUCGAAACUCUUUGUGACAUCUUGCUAGCCGGAGCAUGGGAGAGUGGCGGAUCAGAAAAUGGCAAAAUGGUCGCAUUCUGCCAAUGGCUGGACGAGUGGGUGCAGAGCUUUGUAAAGAAUCACGAAAAGAAUAAAUCAGAGGCUGCCAAGGAUAUUCCAACUUUCCAAGAAUUCCUCGAAAGAAGAGAGGGAGUCAUCGCCAAACUUCAAGACGACUACUCCAAAUUGAAAGCAACAUACCCCGAUCAACCUUGGUCAGACGACCAUCCCAAAAACAUCUCUGAAGAGCGAAAGGUGUUGGCAGUGCGUUUCUCACGCACCUUGCAGAAGGCCCAAGCCCUUCGCUGUCUUUUCAGGACAAAGAAAGGCGUGUUUGUACUUGGGCCAGCCUGGGCUGAGAAAGGUGAUGUUGUGAUGGGGGUAAAGGGUGGGAAGGUUCCUCAUGUAUUUACGCCGAGGGACGAGGACCUGCGACGGAAGAUCGCUUUUAAGGAGAACUACAAGAGUGGUUUAUCGUUGGGUGUCUUGCAAGAGCGAGUUGGGCACAUUGAGGCUAACAAGUUGGAUGUGGACUAUCUUCGUGGUGAGAUCGGCAAAAGAGAUUGUUAUAUACUGACCGGGGAAGCUUAUAUAUAUGGUUCAAGUCUUGCAAAGCUAGUCAAGCAUGGAAGCGAGUUCAGUAGGGUAGAGAUUGUUUAG